AUGCACGCCUCCACAAUCUUCGGCUUCCUGGCCGCAGCAGCCACCGCCGUGCUCGCCGUGCCCCAUCCUCACAAAGAGAAAGCAGCAGUCAAAUGCCCACUGAUCUUCGACGGCCGCAUCAAGUCCCGCACCCUGCCCACUGACUUCGACAGCUCCUCCACCUCCCUGUUCAAUCCGGACAAUGUCAAGGGGUCCAGCCUGAAAUGGAGUCAAAUCGUUAAGUUUCCCAAAGAGAAAGGAAGCCGGUUCGAUAAUUGCAGCCAUAAACCGCUAGAGGUGACGAUUAGUGAUGAAAGUGUCUUUAAGACGCAGUAUGGGUUUCGCAGGGCUGGGUUGAUUUUUGCUGCGGAUACAAACACCGGUAGUCCCGCCUCAAAAGGUGUCAAGACGCUGCACUUUAGUGUCAAACAGGAUUUAAAGAGACCGUUGAAUCUCACGCACGAAUACCUUAACAUCUGGCACGAAACCUCCGACUGGUCCGCCAACCAAUUCAACUUCCAAACCGGCACCAUCAUCGGCCAGGAUACCCGCAAGCUGCCAAAGAACACCUUCAAGAUCAUGAGCCGCGAGAACAAGCUUAUCUGGCAGACGCCUAUCGAGAAGAAGGAGUGGCAGAAUUUUGCUAUUACGUUGGAUUUUAACAAGAAUACCCUCCAAGUCUACUAUUCCAAGGGCAAUGAGCCUUUGCGCAGCGUCACCAAGGCGGUGCCGAAUAACAAUGCGGGAGAGGGCCAGUACCAGUUUGGUAUUCUUAAGAAACCUACGGGCACUGAUGAUGUGGUAAAUAAGGGGUAUCAGGAAAGUGGGAUUGAUGAAGGGCAGAUUUAUGGUGGAAUUUUCAUUGAGGAUAGUGCAGGUGGGUGUGUCUCUUUGUAG